GUAGCGCAGUUGCACCAUGGUUAUUUUAUUCUGGUGAACAAUUCAACUUUAAGUUCCCGGGGAGUUUAAGUUGUUUAUCUGCUUAAAAAAUCCGUACACCGCCCACCUACACCUUCUCCAUAUAGCGGUAACGUUCUCCGGUGCUGCGUCAUGUCGGGGACGCAGCUGCUCAAACUGCUGGUCAGAGAGCGACUGGCGGCGGCUGCAGAGGAAAUCUUUGGACUGGUCGAGAAGACGAUAGCGGAGUGUCAUGGUGAAGUUGUCCGCUCCAAGAGAGAAGUCAUCCAGCUGAAGCAACAGCUCGAGCAGCUGACUGUGUUAAAACCUGGAGUAGUGUUAGUCAGAGCAGAUGCCCAGUCCGUCUCUGGGAAGGUACCUGCUUCAUUGCAGCAAUAUAACAUUAAGAUGGAACGGAUGCCUGUUGGGGAGCAAAAGGAGAUCCAAGAGCGCCCACAGGUCAAAGAGGAGCAGGUGGAUCAGUGUAUCAGUCAGAACAUGGAAGUUAACACUUCCAACGGUGCUGAAGCCAAGAGAGAAAUGAACAAGCUGAAACUUCAGAUGGAGCAGCAGACUGUUUUAGAAGAUGGAGUAACACCAAUCAGACCAGAACCUCCUCUGCACAGACAUGGACUGCCUUAUGAUCGACCCCUUUCAGCCUGUCCUGAGAAAGACAACAAACUGCUGACUAUGAUGAGCGGGCUGACUCACCAGUUGACUCAGUUUGCUGCUGAGGUGAAACCACAACUGACUGCAGUGACCACCAGAUUGCUAUCCAUGGAGGAGAGGAUGGCUGCUGUAGAGGCGAGUGUAAACUGGGGCCCCAGUGUGGAGGAAUCAAAGAGGAAAAGACGGGCACAGCAUUCCAAAAUUGUGGAAAUAGUGCGUCGUUAUCACAACUCCCCAGCAAACUGCAAGCACUACAAACCAGAGCAAGGAAUCAACUCACCUCACAACGAGGGAGUCACUUCGUAUUUGGUCAAAGGUGUCGCUGCAUGUCCGGAUUUGUACAACGUUGAUAAUGGCGUCGUUCUGUAUGCAUGUAGGACCUACUAUGAGUCAAUAUGCAGGAACAUACGGUUCAGCUACCAGCCCAACCUUGCAGCUCAGGCUGCAGUCAUGAAGACUUCAGCCCUGAGUCGACAGAGAAGGAAGAGGCUGCUGGAAUCCAGGCAGAAAGUACUAGCACCAGAUGAAAUGGACUUCUGGAGGGGCAUCACGAUGGAUAUGAUGUCCGAUGAGGAGGACGGCUACUCUGAGGGCGUGCCUGGGUGGAUUGUGCGGCCUCCAUCCUUUCGCAGCCAGGAGCUCACAGACUUGUGUGCCAGACUUCAGAAAAGACUGGAAGCCUGUCCGGAGUACACAGCUUCACAUCCCAGACGUCUGCGCAUCGGCCCUCCUUCGGAGAGAAUGCCACUGAACUCAUAUGACUCAGAGGCAGCCAAAAGACAUUUCAAGGCUCAUCUGAUGCCCCAGGCUCUGCUGUAGGAUAACACUCAGUAUUCUUGUGUUUUUUGAUAAAAUUACCAUUAAUCAACA